CCGCCAGCUUCGUUGUCAUAUGCCGCCAGCUUCAUUGAAAUAGAUCCCCAGCUUCAUUGAAAUAUACCACCAGCUUCAUUGAAAUAGAUUCCCAGCUUCAUUGAAAUAUGCCACCAUACACACCAUCAUAAUUGCAGAUGUGAAGUAUAGUCAACCAAACACUACAUGCAGCCCCCACCAUUACCACUCGUGCACCAACAGGUCAUCGACGACAUGACGGAGGACCUGGCUGUAGACGCUGCGCAUUGUCGUCUUCUGCAUUUGUAUGCUGGGCACAAAUGCAUCUCCCAACAGGAUGCUCCAGUCAGCGACAACAACACCAGUGUACUGGCGGCCAUUCUUGAGGUGGGUGCUGGACGCGAACGAUUUUCCGUCGGGUCGGAAGCCAACUGUACGGAGGCGGACGACGAUACGAUUGUCAUAGUCGACGCCAACACCACCGUUGUUGUCGCGCAGAGCCUCAGCAUAGACAACGUGGGGGACCUGCUCGCCGUCUUGCACAACGAUAGGGAGAUCGGUCUCCGAGGGCGUCAUAGGCAUGGUUGGCUCGAAAAUGAUAUGGCCGAUGGGUACGAUCUCGUAACCUUCCACAUCCAGAUCAUCGACCGAGUGUGUGAACGAUGACAUCAUGCUGUUGUUUCCAAACGUGGGUAUAUAAUGCGGACCUCCGGUGUUUUUGAGAAUGGACGGGAGGGGAGCGCUGGCGGUGACGGGGACAAACGGGUAUUAUUGGCGUGGGUCUCCGGCCUUACGAUCAUCUUCUCGGACAGCAGCUCUGAUGUCAAGGUACCUGCUUACGAUAACGCCAGCAGAGACAGGCAGCGGCUGUGGGGGGCGCUGGCGAGAAUCGGAGCCGAGAGAUCUACCAUGCUGGCCUAAGUCGAGUUAGAACAUGAGCAACGGCAGGCGGGAAAUAGCUGUAGGAAUACAAAGUGCGGAAGAGAGGCGCAACGUGAGGGCUAGACA